AUGGCUAGGAAGUCUAGUCAGCGGGUCAGCUAUGUGCUGUCAGCAUCAGACGCUCCCGGUGGUCACCGACUGGGUGUGAAUGGACUUGCUGUUGAUACGACAAGUUCAAUCCUGUAUUCCGCUGGCCGGGAUGGCGUAAUAUGUGCCUGGGAUUUAGACCUCAACCUCCGAACGAGAAAUGAUUUACACGACUUUUCCUCCUCAAGCUUUACAACCGCAGGACCCUCUAAGAAGAACGCAACGCCAACCACAUUUAGGAGCCAAAUCCAAGCGCACACGCAUUGGAUCAACGAUAUAGUUUUGACUCAGAAUAACUCGACUCUUGUCUCUGCUUCAUCCGAUACCACUGUGAGAGCAUGGAGGCAAGCAAGCAACGACUACCCGCCCGCGGUCAUUGGAAAGCAUACCGACUAUGUAAAAUGCCUUGCAACUCCUAGACCAAACGCCGACUGGGUUGCGUCCGGCAGCUUAGACCAUAAAAUUUACCUUUGGGACCUGAAUGGCGGCGGCGAGAGAAUGAAAAUCGACGUUUCAGAGUACGAUCAGACCCCAAAGGGAUCUGUCUAUGCUCUAAGUGCGAAGGGGUCAAUCCUGGCUAGUGGUGGUCCCGAUAGCGUGGUUCGAAUAUGGGACUCGAAGACUGGAAAAUUAGUAACCAAAUUUGUUGGUCACACGGAUAAUGUCAGGAGUAUCCUCAUUAACCGCGAUGGUGACACAAUUAUGACGGCAUCGUCCGACCAGACAGUCAAAAUAUGGUCAAUGGCGGCAGGGAGGUACCAUCCACAAUUGUCAGUCUUCUAUUCAAGCGACAGAUCGGGUCUUGUCGCAAAAACGGAUACCAGAAAUGUACCAGAUAUUGAUCAAGGCAUUUGCGUGGCUGCCCUACAGGAGAAUGACGGUGUGUUCAAGGUUGUGGCAGCUGGAGAUCAUAUUUGGACAGCGACGCCGAAGUCUAGUAUUCAUCGUUGGAAUGAUGUUGAUACCACUGCAGAAAUAGAAGUCUUGACGCCUCCACCGCUCCAUCGACACGCAUCGAGCAUAGCAUCGGAAAAUUCGCCAGAAGAGAGCAAAACUGUUCCACCACCUUCAUCAAAACAGAAAAUCCCUGCAAGCUCUAUCCUUGUUUUAUCAAAUACGGCUACGUUCCCUAACUCUGCACAUCGCGAGGCCGAUGUUGUGAGUUUGUCGGUCUCCAGUCUACGCGCUCCUGCUGAGGCUCUCCUGGACGAAGGAAUAAGCAUCAUAACACCACUUCAAUCCCUGCCACAGGAAACAAUUGAGGGCCAGCAUGGCAUGAUUAAACAUAUAACCCUGAACGACAGGAAGCGGGCAUUGACUCAAGAUACGGCUGGCGAAGUUGUGCUCUGGGACCUACUUCGGUGCGUCCCUAUAAAAUCAUUUGGCAAACGUCACUUGGACGAUGUUGCGUCCGAAGUGAAUACCGCGGAAACAAUCGCCAACUGGUGCACUUUACAUACAAGAACUGGGAGAUUAUCCGUAAUUCUGGAACAAAACCGCUGCUUUGACGGGGAGAUAUAUGUCGACCAAGCUGAUCUCCCAGGUACUAAUACUUAUCGAGAAGAUCAGAGAAUUAACUUUGGAAAAUGGAUAUUGAGGUACCUGUUUGACGGCGUAGUCAAGGAAGAGGUUGAACGAGAUGCAGAAUACCGAAGAUCUCUUAAACAGCAAGCCGAUGAGCAAGGCCUAAACAAACACGAGCCUUUAGACGCUACGGUUGCCUCAAAUGUCAUCACGCCUGGAUCGCCUGGGAGGGUUGCCCACCCUGGUUCUCCUGGCCUAAAAGCCAUUAACGGGAGCCGCUCAGUCAUGACUCCAGGGUUGUCUAUCGGCAUUGGCACACCUAGUAUAAUAUCUCCCUUCCCUGAACUACACAAUCACAACCCUGGACCUUCGAUGAAUGAGACCACUGCCGGAAAGGAAGCAUCUGGGUCCUCUGAUUAUUUCUCCAGUGCAACGAAGCGUCCCUCAACGGAUGCUCCAGAUUCAGCCGUCAGACCACCCUCCGCCAAUGAGCAAUCACUGCCCUCCGCCCCCUUAACAACCUCGCCAGAACCGGAAAGGGAAGAGAAAUCUAAGAGGGGGGCGUCUCUCUUUGGUAAAAAAUUCCAAAUGACCUUUCCGAAGAAGGCCAAAAUUUCUACUGAGACAAAGCCAAUCAUGGAAGAGAAGGCGGAAGAAUCUGAUAAAUCAUCUGAGAAAGAGAAGUCCUUCGAUGAUAACUUUCGUGGCGUUAUUGAAAAGAUCCACGCAGAUUAUGGCGGGUAUUUGGCUGCUAAUCCUACUAAAGAUAUAGAGACAUUAAUUACGCCUACUCCGGAAAAUGAGGCUCCAGUCUUAAACAUCCCUCCCCACACUGGUAUUCUCAUUCAGGAAGAAAACCCAGAUUCAGCUGUUGCAGCGGAUCUUUACAGAGGCACUGUUGGUACCGUAGGCCAGGAUAUUGAUAUAUUUGAGAAAGCCGCUCCUACUUGGCUUGCCGAUCUUCUACUCCGGAAUGUUGUACCGUUCAAAGAAAUCCCCAAGAUAGCAUUCUCAUUAAAGCCAUUCCAAGAUUCCCUCCCUGAGGUCAUAAAACCUGACAUCAUCAGCACCAACAGAAACAACGCUAACCAGGAAUAUAGGACUGCCCCAACCAACUCAUCACGCCUCAAUGCGAACCGAAUGCUUCGUGCAAAGAAGAUUCUCGCCUACGUUGCUGAGCGGAUUGACCCGCAGAAUGUAGAGAAUCCAAGUGAGGAUGCGCUGAAACCGGAAGAAUAUCUCGAGCUAUACUGUCAAAAUAUUCUAAUUCCUAUCGAUAUGACCCUCGCAACAAUACGUACUCACAUAUGGCGAACAGGAAACGACAUGGUUCUAGUCUACAAGGCGAACGGGAAACGAAAGAUCCCAAUCCCCGAAGAGGAAGAUAGCAAGGCUCAAGGAGAUGAAAAAGAAGCUGGAGUCGGCCGUGAUAGUGCAGAUGCCCCCACCGUUCCAGCGCCCGAACAGAAACAACAGGCGAAUGGGAAACAGAUCACCGAUGCAUCUGGGGUAAUGCAAUCAUCAUCAGCUACGGUAACAGAGACGCCUUCAACGACUUGA